UUGGCUAAUAAAUAAAUUAGGUAUAUGUGCAGGAAUUCAGAGUGAACGAUCAUCGACCGAAAUCGCCAUGAACUCGAAAGCAAAAAUAGGAAACCAAAUACAGUGCUCGGCGGUGCCGAGAAUGUUUUCCCGCUUGCGAUGGCUUCCGGAGCAUUCCGCGGCCGACUUGUUUGUUGCGGGCAGCUGGGCUGACUACGUCAACAGUGUUUCACUAUUCAAGUGCAGUCGCGAUCCGUCUUGUGAGGAUGGUAUGCAGAUUGUACCAGAGUUGAUUGCUGAAAUUCCGUUUUAUGGAGACGUUACCGGACUGGAAAUACUGGACGAAGGCGUUGGAGAUACUACACAGCCGCAACAGCUCGCCUGCAGCACGUCCGAAGGAUACAUUCACUUACUCGGAGUAGAGCGGGAAAUGGACAGAGACAACCUCCAGCCGCUUCACCAAUACGAGACACGCCACAAGUUCGGCGAAUCAAAUGCAGCCUGCACCGGACUGUCGGUUUAUGGUGCCAGGCUGUUGGCGACUGCCGGGGAAGAUGGACUGCUUCACAUAAUAGACAAAAGUCGCGACUUAGUCCGGUCGUACGACGAGGGAAACGAAUGCAGUUUCCGUUGUGUGGAGUUCACAAGUUCCACCGACGUUCUGGCAAGUAGCAGUAUCGGUGGCAUCAAGUCUUACGAUAUACGAGCGUCCCCGAACAAGCCCAGCUUCGAACUGGUAACUGAUAUUGCUGAAGAGAAGGAAAAUGUGGUUGCCACUUGUAUCUCCCAUUAUCCGAAUAAGCCCCAGUUUGUUUUUGCCGGACUAAGCAACGGCAUGAUCAAGGUUUGGGACCUACGAAUGAAGAACCAUUGGCCGAUUAGCAUGAAGGGUCACAGCAGCACGGUGAACGACAUCGCUUUUGCAAAGCAUGACGCGAGUAUAAUGUUCAGCGCCUCGGAGGACGGUGAGAUUUUGCAAUGGUCAGUAAACAAUAGCGUGCUAACUUCAGAGCCGGAUCUUGCGCGCAUUGUACGCCAACAACCGCCGUUGUUGAACGAACGCCGAGCCAUUAAUAGCCUCGAUACAAAUCGGACGCAAUUGCUGGCCGGUGGUGACUGUCACAUGGUCUAUCUUGUCGACACUAUUAGCAAAUAAAACCAACCAAG